CGCGCCUGCCUCGCUCUGCUCUGCGUUAUUCUGUGGACCGUCUGUUCCUCUAUCAAACUGGCACCAGUCAGUGUCUUUGGCGUACCGGUGUUGUGAAGAGGGGCACACUUGCUGCGUCGCGUCAGUCACAGACCAAUAAAUAUAAUGGGAGGAUAAGACCACGUUGCUGAAGUCUGUAUUUUUAGUUGGAGUCAAGAGAAACACGUCGAUACGAAAACGGUCAUUUAGGGAAAGAAGAGAGCAAGGAAGACAGGCAGAAAGAAGAAAUAAAUCAAAGGAAAAGUAAAGAAAGGCUUGACAGCGGCACCGCUCAAGCACCUGCUCAUUAAAAAACAACAACAACAACAACAAGCAAACAGAGAAAUUUGCAAAAUUGACGAACAGGAAAAGAAGCAAUAAGCCACACUCGAGCACCCACCAACAACCCGUUUGCCAUACCGAAGACAGCGAAGUUACACAGGUGUGUGUUUUCUGUGUGAAGUUGUAUUACGUAAACAACACGGCCACUGUACAAUGAAACGUUAAAGCAUUUGUUGUAUUGAGACUGUCAUCUCGUGUUUCCGCCAGUCCUGAAGGACGUGAAGGGAGUGUGAUUCAACAGCCUUGAACAUUUUCCCAAAGUUUUUGGUGACGAAACAGUUUGAGGAUAUGAGAAUCAGGGCGGAAUCGUCCCGCUCCAGAAGCAACUCUCCCAUGGGCAGAUCUACGUCCCCCGCAGGGUCCGAGCGGUCCCUCAUCACGGCAUCCCUGGGUCGUCGCAGUCCAAGCCCCUCCCCGGACAGGCGAGGGUCGUACAGAAGCCACAACCCCCUGUCCCCCUUGAGCACGUCUCCCCCAAAGUCACGAUCACAUUCGCCGCGGUUAGGAACCCCCGGGGUGUACAUGAGAAGGUCCUUCUCUCAUGAAAAUGGCGGCGUUUCUCCCCUUCAAGCCUCACCCGUGUCCUCCCCAGAGACGAACAGACGUCUGCUGUCGAAAAGAAACUCUGGCAAUCCGAGAACACUUUCUCCUCAAACACAAACUGUUUCUUUGACAACCGUUACUGCGUUGAAUAUGUGUAACUCUUCUAAAAGCAAACACAAAACUGUGGCAGUUCGCUCGCCUUCUAUGGACAAAGGAAAUACUCAGCUUCCUCAGAUAGUUAUAAGCAGCGAGCCCCCGUCUGGUAGCCAAAGCAAUGACUUCCAGACAACUCCGCCCAUUAUAACUGUAUCAGCGCAAGCAAGUACAACAAACACAAUGGGACCUUUGAUCUCUGACGUCAAGGUCAUGGAAACUGGAAGCAGUUCGCUAUCGGUUCCAGUGAGAAGAGGUCGAAGCAACUCCGUGCCUUCUCUGCCGCCCCCGCCUCCACACCUCCAGGCCUUAGCCAAAAAACAGUCCAGCUUCUCUACGGAUGCCGAACUGGACGUUGUGCCUAUCCGCACGAGAGGGAGAAGCAGCAGCAUCUGUGUGCCUUACUAUGCUCACCUCAAAGACGCUCCCCGUCGAGAUUCUUUGCUAAGGAAGUACACAGCCCGUCGCGGCUCCUACCGCCGCACCUCGUUUACAAUACAAGAGAUCAUCUCCGACAUAAGUAAGGGCAUUAACCACAUGGACCUAUUCGGGUCCUACAACAAACGGACAGGCGUCUCGCCGGAAGAGUGGGAAAAGCUGAAGCAAUGUCGCUACUUGCGCAUGCCCAGUCAUGAGGAAGAUGUUCGUAGUAGGACUUUAGAUAUUGAUGCCAUUUUUUCUCACAAUGACAAAUGAUUAAUCAAUCAGCUGAUUGACCCGACAAUAGUAACUGGGUGCUUGGGGAAAAACAACGUAAAAACAAAAAUAAAGGAAAGACUUGAACCAUAAAACAAUCUACUCGUAGACCCUGAAGCCAACAGCGAAUCUACAGAUACAAUUGCCCCUGGCUAGCGCUGGAAUCUCUCUCCUCCCCUCCCCCCCCCCAACAAUUGCUUCGAUGUGAACGUGCUCUGUAGUUGAAUGAGCGAGUCGGAAAAACUUGCUUCACUAACAGUCCCUUACUACUUGCGCCCAGGACAUGUUCCAUGUCUGUCAGAGAUAGACCCCUGAGUGUCGGUCAUAGACAGACCCCUGAGUGUCGGUCAUAGACAGACCCCUGAGUGUCUGUCAUAGACAGACCCCUGAGUGUCUGUCAUAGACAGACCCCUGAGUGUCUAUCAUAGACAGACCCCUGAGUGCCUGUCAUAGACAGACCCCUGAGUGUCUGUCAUAGACAGACCCCUGAGUGCCUGUCAUAGACAGACCCCUGAGUGCCUGUUAUAGACAGACCCCUGAGUGCCUGUCAUAGACAGACCCCUGAGUGUCUGUCAUAGACAGACCCCUGUGUGUCUGUCAUAGACAGACCCCUGUGUGUCUGUCAUAGACAGACCCCUGAGUGUCUGUCAUAGACAGACCCCUGAGUGCCUGUCAUAGACAGACCCCUGAGUGUCAGCCAUAGACAGACCCCUGAGUGUCUGUCAUAGACAGACUGAGUGGAGUUUUCCACUUGUGCCCGAAGAACAUGAUAUUCCUUGACUUUCCCCAGUUAUUUACAAUGCCAUCACUGCUGGAGACUAGAAACAUUACAUAUAUUAAUGUUUAGAUAUAUAUAAAAAUGAAGAAGAAAGAAAGCAAAACAAAAGGUCAAUUUCCGCUGUCGAUUUCCCGCCGUUUUCAUUGCUGUUUCUGGAAAGGGGAACAAAGAUUUAUUCACUGGCAAUCUUCUUGCUGGAAAUGUGAUAUGUAGCAAUAACAAAUCAAAAUAAAGCAAACAUGGUAAAUUGCAUGAAUAAUGGGUUGAUGCCAUAUCGGUUUGAAUAAUUGAAUACUGACUUUCCAUAACAUACGAAAUACAGCACAACCUCAUUUGUUCUUCUAUUUACGACCAGAUCUUGUUCCAUCAAUAGGGUUUUCCCUGUACAUGUAUUUGUGGAACGAUAUGAGGACAGAAAAGUUGGUAUUUGAUCUUAGAAUAUUAUUGUUUGUUUCCAGCCGGCCUCUUUGUGCGGUGUUUGAGCACGGAUGAACUAAACUAUUCUUACGCUGGGACAAGGCUCACGAAAUGUAAUGCGACGUUGCAGUAAAAAAAUUAGCCCGAGUAAACUCAGACCUAACCCCGUCUUGUAGAGGGUCGACAUUAUCUUUCUUUCUUUUUUUUUUUUUUGGUCAGCUGCUGAUCAAUGCUGACGUUUAUUGACCGGAAUUUAUGAAGUGUGUGAUAAACAGACAGCCCCCCCCCCCCCCCAAAUGCCACUACCAUUAUAUUUUCCCUUCCACACAUCGGAGAGACGCGUCUUGUAUCACUGUACUUGACGUACCUGCGUGAGUUUGCUUCUUGUUAUGUAGGAGUUAAUAAAGGUUAGUGACCUGA